UAGAGCCUGAGCAGUGCACUGACUUCUCAAUUUCCUAUCAGGAUUUAUUGGGACUCCAGUUCCAGCGUUGCUUUUCUUGAAUACAUGAGAACCCAUCCUCACCAGCGACUCAUGCAGUUGUAAGCACUACAAAUAAUUAAGGUUUUCUUUACUUGUUUCACUGAUGUAACUGGCAUAAAUUCAUUCAGUUAUUUUUAAACUUUUCUCUCUUACUAUAUCAUUGUUCUUAAUAUAACUUUCACAAAAUGAAUAAUGCAUAGCUUCUUAUGUGUAUCAUUACUAUGUACAUUACUCCAAUUAUUCUACAAUUUGUCCUAAAUAAAGCUUUAAGAAAGGGCUGUUCCCAAAAAUUCCACCAGGUGAGAGUCACAUCCACUGGCAAUUUGCAGGAGAAUAUUUUUGAUUAUCAAGUGAUAAAAUUUUUAGGAUAUCUAUUGGAUGCCAAAAGUAUAAAUCAAUAUAUUAUGCAUCUCAUUUAAAGAUUGCCCUGCAUCUAUUUGAACUGAUUUUAGAUUAUAAUAUAUGCAUAUGAGUUUGCUAUUCCCGGGAUAUAUAAUAGGGAGUGAUAAUGCUGGAAGAUCAUUUUUGGACCUCUGUUCUGUUAAUCUAGGUGGCUCGGAGACAAUAACACAAGCAUUAUGGGACAUACAAAGAUGCUAAUAAUCAAAGAAGUUCUACUCUUACUUCUGUUAAUCAAGACAGGUACAGAUGCUCAGAUCUCUACUGGAAGCACCACAACCUCUGCCAUAAGCACAACAACCCCUGCCAUAAGCACUACAACCCCUGCCAUAAGCACUACAACCCAUGCCAUAAGCACUACAACCCAUGCCAUAAGCACUACAACCCCUGCCAUAAGCACUACAACCCCUGCCGGAAGCACUACAACCCCUGCCGGAAGCACUACAACCCCUGCCGGAAGCACUACAACCCCUGCCAUAAGCACUACAACCCCUGCCAUAAGCACUACAACCUCUGCCAUAAGCACUACAACCCCUGCCAUAAGCACUACAACCCCUGCCAUAAGCGCUACAACCCCUGCCAUAAGCACUACAACCUCUGCCAUAAGCACUACAACCUCUGCCAUAAGCACUACAACAUCUGCCAUAAGCACUACAACCUCUGCUGAAAGAAGUACAACCCCUGCUGAAAGCACUACAACCUCUGCUGGAAGCACUACAACCCCUACUGGAAGCACUACAACCCCUACUGGAAGCACUACAACCCCUGCCGGAAGCACCACACCCCAUACUGGAAGCACUACAACCCCUGCCGGAAGCACCACACCCCAUACUGGAAGCACUACAACCCCUGUCGGAAGCACCACACCCCAUACUGGAAGCACUACAACCCCUGUCGGAAGCACCACACCCCAUACUGGAAGCACUACAACCCCUGCUGGAAGCACCACACCCCAUACUGGAAGCACUACAACCUCUGCUGGAAGCACCACACCCCAUACUGGAAGCACUACAACCCCUGCUGGAAGCACCACACCCCAUACUGGAAGCACUACAACCCCUGCUGGAAGCACUACAACCUCUGGUGGAAGCACCACACCCCAUACUGGAAGCACUACAACCCCUGCUGGAAGCACCACACCCCAUACUGGAAGCACUACAACCCCUGCUGGAAGCAGCACACCCCAUACUGGAAGCACUACAACCCCUGCUGGAAGCACCACACCCCAUCCUGGAAGCACUACAACCCCUGCUGGAAGCACCACACCCCAUACUGGAAGCACUACAACCUCUGCUGGAAGCACUGCAACCCCUGCUGGAAGCACCACACCCCAUACUGGAAGCACUACACCCCCUGCUGGAAGCACCACACCACAUACUGGAAGCACUACAACCCCUGCUGGAAGCACCACACCCCAUACUGGAAGCACUACAACCUCUGCUGGAAGCACUACAACCCCUGCUGGAAGCACCACACCCCAUACUGGAAGCACUACAACCCCUGCUGGAAGCACCACACCCCAUACUGGAAGCACUACAACCUCUGCUGGAAGCACCACACCCCAUACUGGAAGCACUACAACCCCUGCCGGAAGCACCACACCCCAUACUGGAAGCACUACAACCUCUGCUGGGAGCACUACAACCCCUGCUGGAAGCACCACACCCCAUACUGGAAGCACCACACCCCAUACUGGAAGCACUACAACCUCUGCUGGAAGCACCACACCCCAUACUGGAAGCACUACAACCCCUGCCGGAAGCACCACACCCCAUACUGGAAGCACUACAACCCCUGCUGGAAGCACCACACCCCAUACUGGAAGCACUACAACCUCUGCUGGAAGCACCACACCCCAUACUGGAAGCACUACAACCCCUUCCGGAAGCACCACACCCCAUACUGGAAGCACCACACCCCAUACUGGAAGCACUACAACCCCUGCUGGAAGCACCACACCCCAUACUGGAAGCACUACAACCCCUGCUGGAAGCACCACACCCCAUACUGGAAGCACUACAACCCCUGCUGGAAGCACCACACCCCAUACUGAAAGCACUACAAGCCCUGGAGGAGCCACCAAAGCCUCUGAUGGGAGUAUCUCAAACCCUGGUGUGAGCCUUGUAACUACUGGUAACGUCACCCCAUCACAAGCUGAGAUCUUAAAUGCUAUUUUAUAUUCUUACUGGAAGAUCAUCAUUAUAUGUCUUGGAACCAUUCUAAUCUUUAUAUUGUUUUCAUAUGGUGCAUUUAGGUCAUUUCGAUCGACAUUUGCCAGAAGUACUCCAACCUUUAAUAGACCAAACCGUUCUGUCUGAGAGGCAUGUGUACCGAACCAAAGAAGGAGAGAAUACUGCACAAAUUAUUUGUCAAUGCACAACAAUAUGGAGAUGGCUGCCGUACAUAAUAUAAGGGGAUGAAUACAGGAAGAUGUCACAAUGAAUAGGAGAUUCAUAUUUAAAUAACUGAAUAUGUUUUAUCACAGUAUUUUAGCUGGAGGGAGUCU